GGCAGUCUGCCAUCGCGAUCUGUCAUCAUGAGUCCCUCUCUGCUGCGGAGCCGGUUAAACGCAAAGGAGCACUUGUCGCGCUUUCAUGGCCGCGGCAGCAAGGAAGAUGUCUCCGCCGCAAAGAGGAGAAUAGCAAUGGUGUGCACCGGCCUGAUGUUGGGAGUCGCCAUAAUUUUUGUUGUCCGUUCGUCUCAUAUUCAAGCACUGGGUCUUUUUAACGAGGAAGCAGGAUUUCCAAGCGAUGGUCCUGUAAGGAUGCACGAUGGGACAAGCGGUGGAGGAGUGUCCUCUGGUGUAACUUCAGUAGAAGAAUAUUUGAGGAUUGCGGAUGAGAUUGUCGAAGAUGAACCGAAGGUGGGUGAGCGGCGGCGAGUUUUGGGGUUUGUUGGGAUCCAGACUGGGUUCGCAUCUUAUGCACGCAGAGAAGCGAUUCGGAAAACGUGGUUGUAUGGGUCCAAGCAGAACGUACGGAAGCUGGAGAAGUCUUUAGGAUUGGUCAUACGGUUCGUUAUCGGCACAACAGACGAUGACUAUCAAGAACAGCAGCUGCAGAAAGAAAUGGACGAGUUUGGAGGCUUCUUGAGGGUCAGCAUCCACGACACGUACGCCGAUCUGAAUCAAAAAACGCUCGCGUUUUUUAAAGAGGCGUACAAACACACUGAUGCGGAGUACUACGUGAAAGCCGACGAUGACAUCUACCUGCGCUUGGAUCGGCUGGCGGUACUUCUCGUUAAGGAGCGGACAAACAACAGGACGUAUAUCGGUUGCAUGAAGAAGGGCCCUGUGAUAACUGACCGCAGGUAUAAAUGGUUUGAACCGGAUGCAUUCAUGUUAGGCCGCGAGUACUUCCUUCAUGCUUGGGGCCCAAUGUACAUUCUAUCUAAUCAGGUGGUGUCGAGCAUAGUUGCUUUGCCCAGCGGCAGCUUGCGAAUGCUGGCAAAUGAGGAUGUAACUGUGGGUCUGUGGAUGCUGACGAUGAACGUGCAGUACGAAGAUGAGCGGAGGUUGUGUCAUUCCUCAUGUGCCCCAGAUUCCAUUGCUGUCUGGGAUAUGCCUACUUGUGCAGGGCUCUGCAACCCUGCAAAGUCGAUGCCCGAGAUCCAUCGAAACGAAACCUGUUCAAAGUCGCCGAAUACUGCGCUUGAGAAAGCACUCUCAAGAUUGCACCGCUGGAAACGCUUUCCUAUCUAAUGGCUCGGCCGAGUCGGCCCUGAUUGUUUUUUGGUUCUCUGCGGUAUAGGGCAACUAAACAUUUCUCCCCGAGGCUGUUCCGCAGUCUGAUGCAUCUUCCCCCCACGGCCCUGCCAAGUCGUGUGAGUGGGGCUCCGGUGGCUCAUCCCCAGUAAGGUUCCUGGAGCAGAUUUGGUUGGCCCAUGCUGUUGCAACCAUACUGCCUUUUGGGGGUGUGGGAAGGCCUGGUGCGGAUCGGAUAGUGGAAAACAACAGCAUAUCUCUUAUGCGAACAGAUGUAGACUAGGGUUGCUCUGUCUUCGUGGAGGUACCACGAAACCAGCACUCUCCUCGCCAAGUGCAUUGGGGAUUGGGGAUGAGCACUGUCCUUCACUGCAGCUGUAGCAAAUCGACAACUGUGCUUUCCGACGAGUUAGGGAUCACAAGGAUGGAUUCGGUUCGAGGAUUUGGUUCGAAUGUGGGCAUCUGGGGGAGAAUGGUUUCCUCAGCAGUGGGAUAUUGGAUGCAUUCCUGCUUUUGAAAAGGGGUUUGGCUGCCGGCAUUGUUUAUUUGUGCCCAAAGUGAAGUUGGCGGGCUUGAUGUGUUUGACAGAAGGCUUUCCUUGGUACUUGCGUAGGACUGCUGUUGCUCCUUUAAUCUGAUCUUGCAAGUUGGUGUGAAUUCACACAAAUUUGCGCAAAUCUUGGGGUGUAUUUCCUGCCUGGCAUUGCUCGACCGCAGGGUAAUAAAGUGUUGCCGGAUAA